AUGAAGCACGUACAGGUGGCUCUGCUGCUCCUCAUGCUGAACAUGGCUUCAUGCCUCACACAGGCUUCAAGCACAGUGGCAACGACAAACAUGACUCCUCUUAUCGAUACAACUCUUCAGUAUCUGAGUCAGCCUAGAGAGACAACUGCCAGCCACCUGCGCAUGACCCCAGAGGUUCAUGCCCUUCUUUUGCUGAGGGCCCCAGAGUUCAACGCAGCACUCCAGAUGGGGUCUCACGAGAGCAGAGCAGAGGGGGACAAUCAUCUCCCUUACCCUUCUGGCCACACUUCUGAUGCAGCCCAAGAUAUGGCUGGUUUCUGGGCUUCAAACGCACAUUGCUGGCUCAUGACUCCUCUUAUCGAUACAACUCUUCAGUAUCUGAGUCAGCCUAGAGAGACAACUGCCAGCCACCUGCGCAUGACCCCAGAGCUCUUUGCCAAUGUGUCUGGCUCUCUGGAUGACCGUGGAAACUGUCAGUGCUCUGUGUACUUGCCGGAUACCACCUUUCCCGUGCAGAAGGCUGAGCAAUUGCAAGUGAUAGCCACAACGCUUGUGGAGAAAUUUGAGAGAGAGCUUUCACAGGUUAAAGAGUACUCAAAAAAGAUUGAACUGUAUCAACAGAAAAUUCUUAAUCUAACCAUCAGAGUGGAGCACAUGGAAAAGAGCAGUGUAUCUUACACAGAACUGGACUUCCAGUUACUGAAAGUGGAAAUCAGUGACCUAGACAGACUGGUGACUCAGCUGAAAUCCACUGUUGUUGGAAGCAAUGUCAUCGUUGAUCAAAUAUAUUUGGAGAUCAGAAAUCUGACUAUACUAGUAAAUGAAUUAGAAUCAUUGGACAAAAACAAUAUCCUUGCAAUUCGUCGACAAAUUGUGGCUCUUCAAAAUCGAUUGAAGGAGUGUGAGGAGAGCAGAAACCAAACAACAGUACCCCCUUAUUUCCCACCAGGUACCUGCAUUCAUGGUGGACUGCUGAAUGUUAGCCAGCCCUAUGUAGUAAAGCUGAACUGGAGAGGAUUUUCCUACAAAUAUGGUUCCUGGGGUAGAGAUUACUCUCCCUCUGACCCAGAGAAGGAAGUCUAUUGGGUUGCACCAUUGAAUACGGAUGGGGCAUACUUAGAAUAUUUUAGAAUUUAUAAGACCUUUGAUGAUUUGCUGCUGUUUAAACCCAUGUAUGAAAGAAGAAUAACAUAUGGACAAGGAAGUGGUGCUGCUCUUUAUAAUAAUUUUAUGUACUAUCAUGCUUAUUCUUCAACAAACAUAGUGAAGUACGAUAUAACAAAAAACAGAAUAGUUUUGAGCAAGGCACUUCCAGAUGUCAUUACUGGUAACCGUUUCUCAUAUGCAGGUGUAUCAUGGCAAGACAUAGAUUUUGCUGUAGAUGAAAAUGGGUUAUGGGUAUUAUAUUCAACAGAAAAUAACAUGGGCAAUAUUGUGAUUAGCAAACUCAAUGAGACCACACUUGAUGUGAUAAAUAGUUGGCAGACAAGACAGUACAAGCCAUCUGUUUCUAAUGCUUUCAUGCUAUGUGGUGUUCUGUAUGCCACAAGGACAAUAAACACUAGGAAAGAGGAAAUCUUCUACAUGUACGACACAAGUACUGGCCAAGAAGGUCGUGUUAGUAUCAUCAUGGAUAAAAAGUUAGACACAAUCCAGGGUAUUUCUUAUAGCCCCACAGAUCAGAAACUGUAUGUUUACAAUGAUGGUUACCUUCUAAGAUAUGACAUAACAUUUCAGCAUUAG